AUGGAGGAGGCGCUAGAGAUGGAGCCUGUCGCCAGAUCCAACCAGAUCCGAGCCCUCCGCCGCCAGAUCCAACCAGAGAAACCCUCCAGAAAGAGCCUGUCGUCGUCGGAGGUCACUUCUCUCGUCGACUGUUGCUUGGAUCUCUUGAAGGACAACAAUUUUAGGGUUUCUCAAGGUGCUCUUCAGGCUCUUGCCUCCGCCGCUGUUCUCUCCGGCGAGCACUUGAAGCUUCACUUCAAUGCCUUGGUUCCUGCCACUGUUGAGCGUUUAGGCGAUGCUAAACAGCCCGUUCGUGACGUUGCUAGGCGCCUCUUGCUCACUCUCAUGGAGGUUCGCUCGCACACUCCUUCUCUUUAA